AUGACAGAAGUAAGAGUAGUAAGAGUAAUAAGUCUAAUAUUAGUGUUAAACAAGAGUGUCAAGAGUGACAAGAGUGUCAAGAGUGUCAAGAGUGACAAGAGUGACAAGAGUGACAAGAGUGUCAAGAGUGACAAGAGUGACAAGAGUGACAAGAGUGACAAGAGUGGCAAGAGUGUCAAGAGUGACAAGAGUGACAAGAGUGACAAGAGUGUCAAGAGUGGUGACAAGAGUGACAAGAGUGUCAAGAGUGUCAAGAGUGACAAGAGUGGCAAGAGUGACAAGAGUGACAAGAGUGGCAAGAGUGACAAGAGUGACAAGAGUGGCAAGAGUGACAAGAGUGUCAAGAGUGACAAGAGUGGCAAGAGUGACAAGAGGGGCAAGAGUGGCAAGAGUGACAAGAGUGUCAAGAGUGACAAGAGUGACAAGAGUGGCAAGAGUGGCAAGAGUGACAAGAGUGACAAGAGUGGCAAGAGUGACAAGAGUGUCAAGAGUGACAAGAGUGACAAGAGUGACAAGAGUGACAAGAGUGACAAGAGUGUCAAGAGUGACAAGAGUGGCAAGAGUGACAAGAGUGACAAGAGUGUCAAGAGUGACAAGAGUGGCAAGAGUGACAAGAGUGACAAGAGUGGCAAGAGUGGCAAGAGUGACAAGAGUGACAAGAGUGGCAAAAGUGACAAGAGUGACAAGAGUGACAAGAGUGACAAGAGUGACAAGAGUGGCAAGAGCAGCAAAGUGAAGAAUAAAGAGAGAAAGCAAUUAAAAUGGAGCAUCAAGAUUGAUAUGAAUGGUAAGGAGUGA